AUGGUUGCAAUGAUUCCUCAGGGAAUGCUCGGCAGCGGCCUUCUCGCUGUGCUUGCUGGCUCUAUAGUACUGGCCGGCGUGAUUCCCCCACCGGGCGAGGCUUCACUGGCAUCAAGGCAAGCGAGUCCUUCUCAGGUGCUCAGAGGCCAUUGGUUUCGGCUUGGUAUACAAUCGCCGCCUUCUAGCUCUAUGGUUGUCAAAAAAGCCCAGGUCUCGCCCCUGACUACAGCUGUAGCCAGUGGAUUCAACUGGAAAGUCUCAAGCACUGGCGUUGUGCCUGUCUCGCUAUCUGUACUCCAGACGGAGACGGACACCACAACAACAGAGACAACUUCCAGCACUGAGGAACCCACCGUAACCCAGACUGUCACGGCUACAGAAACUGGAAUCCCUACGCCGUCGGCUGGCGACCCUAGUCUUACGCCCACCACUUCUGCCUCUACACAGCCGGAACAGACAUCCACCACGUCUACAACUUCUGAGGAGGUUCCCACAGUGACUCUAACAACACAAAUAUCCACCACGACCACAACCACAACUCUAACUUCUGACCAAAUCCCAACCGAGACCUUAACGACCGAAACACCCAGCAUUUCUACAACUUCUGAGCAGACUCCAACCGAGACUCUGAUUACUCAGACGCCUACAUUGACUACAACCUCGGAGCAGACCCCUACCGAAACCCUAACCACCCAAACGCCCAGCGUCUCUACCACACCCUCCGAGCCCUCGCCCACUACUUCGUCAACUUCAGAGACACCCAGCACCAUUUCACCUCCCCCUUCGGCUCCCACCCAGCCUGCAAACCCUCCAGGGACAUUCGACAUCGCAUCCGGGAACCGUACAGUCGACUACAAAAAGACGGUCGACGGCAGCAGGACCGAGGAGAUCAACACCACACACGCCUUUGACAAGUGGGAGAGCGGAUCCAUCCAGUACCAAGGCCAAAAGAUCUCCGUCGCCAACAGGACCACCGACGCCAACGCGACCAGCGAGUCCCUGACCUCGAUCGCCUUUGACAGGAAGACUCAGGGCCCCGCGCAGAGCCUCGAGACCAACUCCACCCUGGAACAGCAAAAGAUCACGAGCGGUGCCGGGAGCUUCGAGUCCAACAGGGUUACCGCGGGGACUCGCAUCAUCGACGGCGAAAAGUUUGCCGAGACGGUCAAGAGCUUCGAGGCCAACAAGACGUCGGACGGUAUUGUGUACAACAAGACGACCGAGGGGCACAGGUACCAGGAGGGCAGCUCGUCGACAGAGUCCUCCAGGGUCGUCACGAGUUAUGGCGGUGAUGGAAACUAG